AUAAUUAAAAAACUAACUAAAAUAAAUUUAGUGCUAUACAUGUAUAAAUGAUGACAAACAAUUAGGAAUUGAAAAAUCAGUGACAUCCCAUUCAAAAUCCUCCCCCUCCCUUCGCUGACAUCCUUUUUAAAGGGUGGGUUUCCUUUGUACAAUCCGAUCGCUUGUUUGCUUUUGAUGGGUCUUCGAAAGAUGAGAUUUUGGGAGAUGGGUUUUGAAUCGGAGUUUUGGUGAGUAUUUGGGGCGGUUGAGAAUUGGGGAAUGGAUCGAAGGAGUUGGCUCUGGAGAAGGAAACCAUCAGAGAAGAGUCCAGGAGAGACUGAGAGCUCUGGAUCAGUGUCUUCUGUCUCUGAGCGAUACUCCGAUGAUCAGGAGGCAUUGAAAGGCUCUUCAGUUAACGAUUCCCCAAAUAAUGCUCAUUCACCUGACAUUUCAUCCAAAAUCAUUAGUCGUGAAGUUAAUGAUACUGUAAAGAGUCUUAAUGAGAAAUUAUCGGCUGCUCUUUUCAACAUAAGUGCAAAAGAGGACUUGGUGAAGCAACAUGCCAAGGUUGCAGAGGAAGCUGUUGCAGGGUGGGAAAAGGCAGAACUGGAGGUUGCAACUCUAAAGCAGCAGCUUGAAGCCACAACUAAGAAGAACUCUGCCCUUGAAGACAGAAUUCACAAUCUUGAUGGUGCCCUGAAGGAAUGUGUAAGGCAACUUAGGCAAUCAAGGGAAGAGCAGGAACAAAAAUUUAAUGACACGCUCAUUAAGAAAACCAAUGAAUGGGAGUCCCAAAAAUUAGAGCUUGAGACUCAUGUAACUGAGCUCCAAGCACAGCUAGAAGCCCGAACAACCGAAGCCAAAAUCUCCAUUGACUAUGACCACCUGUUGAAACUCCAAGCCCUUGAGAAAGAGAAUUCAACCCUCAAGGUUGAGCUCCUUGCUGCAUUUGAUGAUCUCCAGAUGAAGAACUUCGAGAGGGAAUUUAGUAUACAUGCAGCUGAAACUGCCAGCAAGCAGCAUCUGGAGAGUAUAAAGAAGGUUGCUAAGCUUGAAGCUGAAUGCCGUAGACUACGAGCUGCUGCAAAGAGGUCAUCACCAUUUAAAGACAACAAGCGCAUAACUAAUUCAGUUUGUGCUGAGAGCCUUACAGAUAGCCAAUCCGAUAGCGGGGACUGUCGCUCUGAUUCAUGGGCUUCAGCUUUCGUUGUCGAACUUGAUCAGUUCAAGAACGACAAGGUCCUGAAUAGUAAUCUCACUUCUUCGUUGGGGAUUGACCUGAUGGAUGAUUUUCUUGAGAUGGAAAGGCUUGCUGCAUUGCCUGAAGCCAAUAAUGGUGUAUCUAACAUUGAGCUUGACAGAAGCACAAACCCAUCAGUUGCUAAAGAAAAUCCAUCAGGGGCCGUGUCUUCAGCUCAACAAUCCAAGAUUAAGGUGUUGGAGGAGAAGAUUGAGAAGAUGGCAAUUGAUAAACAAGACACGGAGCUUGUAUUAGCUGAAACUAGAGAUCAGCUUAAUGCUUCUCAUGAGCAGCUGACAAUAGCCGAGGAUAAGUUGAUUGAGCUGCAGAGGCAGCUGAAUUCUGCUAACGGGUCAAAGCAUGCCUUUGAGAUGGAAGUAGAGUCCCUGGAGUCGAGGAAAAAAGAAUUGGAGUCUCAGCUCGAAGCAAUGAAUUUCAAAGUUAAAAAGCUUCAUGAGAAGGUGGGGUUAGUUGAAAGAAUCUCUGCAGAAUUAGAAAUUAAGUGCCAGAAUAUAGAGGCCUUAACUUUUGAGAAAAAGCAGCUGGAGUCUCAACUCAUGUCAGUAAGUAUGGAAGUCGAGAAGGUAAGAACGAAGGUAGGUUUACUAGAGGGGGAUAUUGUGGAGGAGAGGGCUUUAUCUGCUAAACUUGCAGCAAAGUGUCAGAAAAUGGAGACCAUUGAGGAUGAGAGGAUGAGAUUAGAGGCGAAUCUUACAUCAUCAAAAUAUAAAGGAGAGGAGUUACAACGUAAAGUUUGUUUGUUAGAAGGGAAGCUAGAGGAGCAGAGUGCACUGUCUGCAGAGUUCAAAGCUAAGGUGGAGGGUUUAGAGGAACAGAGAGAAGUAUUAGAGUCACAGCUCGAGGUUUCACAUACGGAAGCUGGGAAACUAAGGGAGAAAAUAAGAAUAUUAGAAAAGGAGCUUGAAACAGAAAGGGCAUUGUCUGCAGACUUGAUAUCUAGGGUGCAGGUGUUAGAGGCAAAGGAUGAGAAAUUGAAUUCUCUGCUUGAGUCAGCACGCUUGGAAGCUCGGAGGCUAGGAGAGAAAAUGGCAAUAUUAGAGAAAGAAAUUGAUGCAGAAAGGGCGUCAUCUUCAAAUUUUGCAGCUAAAUGUAAACAUUGGGAGGCAUUAGAAGCAAAGAGAGAAGAAAUUGAGUCCCAGCUCAGCUCGAAGCAUCUAGAAGUUAGGGGACUUCAUCAAAAAGUGUAUUUGUUAGAAGAGGAAGCUGAGAAACACAGAGAAUUUCAGUCUCAGCUUGAAUCGGCAAAUCUGGAAGUUGAGAAGUUACGUGAGAAGGUGAUCUCUCUGGAGAAGGAAACUGAAGAGGAGAGGAAAUUGUCUGCAGGAUUUGCAGCCAAUUGUCGGAGCUUGAAGGACGAGCUUGAAAGGAUGAAGUGGGAUGUGGAGCUCCAACAGCCUGUACGCGCAGUGAGGGAACCAAAGAUAAGACAGGAAAGAGAGACUGCCGUAGCUGCUGGAAAAUUAGCAGACUGCCAGAAUACAAUAGCUUCUCUUAGCCAGCAGCUGAAGUUCCUGAGAGACUUUGAUCUAAUGCUUGAAACCGAAGAACCAAAUCUCGGUGAUAAAGAGGACCUCAUCAUUCCUUCACUCCCUAAUGAUGAAGAGAGGGGUUUGAUCCAAUCUUCUGCGUAUUUGCCUGUACCUGAGCACGAGAAAUGUUUAUCUCCUAGUAGGAGCUACAUACACAUACAGAGUUAGUAGAAUACAAAGAGAUAUUAGGAAACUACAUAUGACCAGGGAUAAUUUGGUUAUGGAGGAAUAUAAAUUCGAGUGGGAAAUUGCAAGGAAAUGUAAUGUUAUAUAGUUGUAAUUAUGUUCAAUAAUGUGAAUAAUAAAACUCUUGCCCGACAACGCACUUUUCCUUGGAAAGUAAAUAUUUAUGUGACAGUGGCUAUUGCAAAUUUAUCAUAUGUCAAUAAAGAGUUUGGUGUCAAGCAUCC